AGGUAACAUGCAGCUACUGUUUAGCCACCAUAGUUACUCAGCAGUAGCUAGCUAUAACAAACGUUUGUCACAGUUUCGGUUAUAAAGGAAAUUAUUAAUUAGUGGAUUACUGAAGCAUGACUUGAACCAAGCCAGCACUAUGUUACAUGUAUUUAAUUCAAACGAAAAUUGGAGUUAACGUUGACAAGGUCACGUUAGCUAACUUAACUGUAGAUAGCACCAGUUGUCUUUGGUCGACAGGAAAUUACCUUCAAUUGUAAACUUAACUGUUUAAUCACUAGUUUGUCAAAAAACAAACAAAAAAACAACCAGCCUGACAGGUAAUUUGUAUUUGGAGAUGGACAAGUUUGUAGUGCGGCUUCCAAAGGGGGACACACCUAAAAAAACGAAUAGCAACGACAAAGUGUACAAACAAACUACAAUUGAAUCUUUACGGAGGGUGGUUGUGAUUGAAGAUAUAAUGCGCUACAAGUCCAUCUUGGAGCUGCCAGAACAGAGCAAAGACAACCUGCUGACUGCCCUGACAGAGCUGGGCAAGAAGAUCCCAUCCAGGGAGGUGCUCAAGUCCACAAGAAUAGGUCACACUGUAAACAAAAUGCGAAAGCAUCUGGACCCUGAGGUGAGUUCAGUGGCAGCAAAGGUUUACACUGACUGGAGGACAUUCAUUGAGGAGAAUUCCAAUAAGCCGGUUAUUGAAGUGCGCUCUGACAAACAAUCUGAAGGACUCAGGAGCAACGCCAGAAGACUAAUGUCUGAGGCCUUGGAGGUCAAGGAGGAUUCUGGCCUUAUAGACAUCCUUGAGAGGGAAGUGUUUCACCAGAGCUCCCGUUUAGUCAGCAGCUCAUACAGACGCACUAUUAGAGCGCUAGUUUUUGCCUUUAAACACCACCCUGAUAUCAGAAUUCAAGUGAAGGACAGCACAAUAACAGUCAACCAGCUGGUUUCUAAAUACAAGAAGUAGCUGACGAUGAAUUAGGCUGAGCCUCCGACAGCAUAUUGAAGAUGUCUGGUUGGUUUUAUUUGAAAGUUGUCAAUGUUUUUUGAUGAAUACACAUUUAAGUUUUUAUUUUAUUUUAUUAAAUCUUGAUUUUCUGGAAAGGAGAUAUAAAACAUUUUCACACUUUGUGGCACAUCAGCAACCUUACACUUUUUUAUAAAUGCAUGUAAAUCAUUGUCAUGAAUAUGUAAUUUAUUGUUGGUGGUGAUGAUAAUGCCAUUCCUCUGGAACCAUGAAGUUUUGCGUGAUAGGGGCUGUUUUUAUACUGUUGAACAUUUUUAUACAAAAUAUGAUUGAAAAUAUGACAACUAAAGCA